AUGGGUUCAUGUCAGUGUUUUCUUGUGUAUUUCAGGUUGUUGCUGGCUCUGGUCUUGGUCCCAUCACCAUGUUGGCCUCCACCUCUCACCUGCGCCGUGUCCAUCCUCAGCAGCGGACGCAACGAACGCAACCUCAAGGUGUCUUCAUUCUGCACUGAGGCUCUGACCAUCUGUAACUCUCUGCUCCACCCCCGCACUCCCUCCAUGGCCCUCCCCUUACCGCCCCUCACCCUGAAACCCACCCCCACCGCUCCAGUCCUCCCUUCCUCCCAGGGCCCUGCUCCUGGACUCACCUUGCCAACGCUCCUAGGCGGCCCCGCACCUGGUCCUCCCUUCCCCACCCGCCACUCCCUCGGCCUGGGUCCCGCCUCCCUGCUGGGCUCCCUGGAGAACCACCUCUCUUUGGUCCCGGGUCUGCCAGGUCAGGCCCCCAACCCUGGAGACAUGCUCCUGUCCCCGCACGCACACCACCAGCAGGACCCCGCCGGGCUGGGCCUCCCAGAGGGGCAGAGGCCCGUGUUCGUCCGCUACGACAGAGAGGAGGCGGAGGAUGUGGAGAUCUCUCUGGCUAGUGACUCUGACGACAGCGUGGUCAUCGUUCCUCCGGGGAUGCUGAACAUGGAGAACCAGCAGGAGGAGACAGCUGCGGCGGCGAACUCUCAAAACAUGACCUCUGUUGCACCAGGGAGUGCUCCAGUCACACUACCAGGAGGAGAAUCUGUCAGCAUGGUCCCCACCACAGCAGCAACAACCACAAUAGACGGCGUCUCGCUCCCCAAUGACCUCGCCACCUCCUCCCCUCUUCUCACCACCUCCACCACUCCUAUCAACUCCUUCCCUCCUUCCAGCGCCUCAGUGGUCUCACUGGUUCCACCGUUGAACUCCAGCACGCUCCCAGCUCCUCCUGGCGGUCUUGGCGACUCGCUGCCGGGGAGGCCCCAGCUGCAGCAGAUGCUGAUGCAGACGUCCACGGCGGGCCAGCCGGGCCCCAUGGGGCUGCCGCUCCAGAUGCACCAGCUGCAGAACCAGCUGAGCCAGCAGGGACGCCACCUGCACCAGCACCAACCACCGCCCCCCGCCAGCAACGAAGACUCAGCUGUCAUCAACAUUAACAGUACAGAUGAGGAGGAGGAAGAGGAGGAGGACAUGGAGGAUGAUGAAGAGCUGGACGAGGAGGAGGAGGAAGGGAUGGACGAGGAGGACGAGGAAGAGGAAGCGAGUGAUUUUAAUGAGGAGGAGUUUUAUGAGGGGGAAGAGUAUGACGAUUUUGAUGAAGAAGAGGGAGAGGACCUGGAGGAAGAGGAGGAGGAGGAGGAAGAUGGGGAUAUACCUCCACUGGAGGGAGCGGAGGACAAGGCAGGGGAGGCAGGGGUAGAGGGGGGGAAGGUGCUCAGAGCAGCGGUGGAUGAUGGAGGGAUGGCUGGGUUCAGUGUGGAAGGAGAAGCAGAAGGAGGGAUAGAGGAGAUCCAGACCAACAGGUCGCUGUUGGGAGAGGAGAGGAUAAAGGUGCAGAAGGUGGAGAGCAUCGGAGUCCUGGAGGAGGCGCGGGAGGGGGAGGGAGAGGAGGACGAAAGCGAAAGAAUGGAUGACCCCACCAUGCCACAAAUACUGUGUGUCACCGGAGGAGCACUGGAGGAGAGGGAGGAGACAGAGGAGGAGGGAGGUGGACCAGAAAGAGCAGGUGCAGGAGAAGGAGGAGAAGGGCUGCAGGAGGAGAUGAGGCCGUGGGAGCAAGGAGACAAAGAGAUUGAGCUGACAGCCACCUCAGAAGAAUGCCCAACCAAUAAGAAUCAACAG